CACAACGUUAGCCUAAUAUGAUCCACUAACGCUAGCGACCCUCAGGAAAAACAAAGAAAGGUAAAUGGAAUAGAAUGGAAUGAUGCAAAAGGAUUCCUCAUUACAAUACAAAAGUGACGUCAUCGUUUGUGCUGCUAGUGAAGGGGAGCUUGGCCUUCUGUCGUUCUUACUGCCACGUUUAAAAACCGAUUCAUAACAAGGUACUCCGAAACAAAAUGAAUGUUGGCGUAGCGCACAGUGAGGUGAACCCCAACACUCGGGUCAUGAACAGUCGAGGGAUCUGGCUGACCUAUGCCCUCGGUGUUGGAAUGCUUCACAUUGUGCUUUUGAGCAUACCCUUCUUCAGUGUACCUGUGGUGUGGACUCUCACAAAUGUUAUACACAAUUUUGGGAUGUAUGUCUUCAUGCAUGCAGUGAAAGGCACUCCGUUUGAGACCCCAGACCAAGGAAAAGCCCGGCUCCUGACACAUUGGGAACAGUUGGACUACGGCGUGCAGUUCACAUCAUCCAGAAAAUUCUUCACCAUCUCCCCAAUCAUUUUAUAUUUUCUUGCAAGCUUCUACACGAAGUACGACACAACACACUUUGUCAUAAACACUGCCUCCCUUUUGAGUGUGCUGAUCCCCAAAUUGCCACAACUACAUGGAGUCCGCAUCUUUGGCAUCAACAAGUAUUAAGCUGAGUGUUGAGGGUCAGUGGUGUGUGACCAACUCUCAAAGGAGCUAUUGGCUCAUAGCAAGAUGAAUAGUUAACCCUAUGUACUCUGUACCACUGGAGUGUGUACUGAGCAGUUUUGUACAGUAUGUGUAAUUGUCACUCAUUGUUUAGAUACGCCAGGUUAAACUAUAAUGGGAGACUUACAGAGAUAAGAUAAUGCCAUGUGCAUUACUAACUUAAGUAAAUAUUAUUAUUAUUAAUUUUAUUUUUUUAUCUGCAUAGACCUGGGCUGGCCCAUGUAUAAAAAGUGGAGCUUUUUUUUGUUCUUUUUUUGUUUGCCCUCACUUCACACUGUGACACAAAUAUUGAGUUCCUCCUUGUUACAAUUAAUUUUUCUCAUCAUAACCGAAAGCCUUAUCAGAUGUAUUUUUAAAGAUGAUUUCUUCAUAAAAGUAGGGGCCUAUGGUUCAUUGUUUGACACACAUUUAUUUUUUAGAUGGGUUAUCAUUGCUGAAAAGAACUGAACAAUAUGAAAUACAAAUGUUGCAUGAU